AUGAGCCUUGGUUUUGUCGGUGUGUGGGGCGGAUUUCUGUACUGUCGUCUGGUUGGCAUCGGUGGACCGGUUGGCCGACCGACCGACCGAGCGGCCAUCUCACCGUCCGGUCGGAGACACUUUGCUACCGGUUGCCUGACUUGUCAGCGAGAUUGCUGGCCGCAGACCGCCCCAAGCCUACAUCGACCCACCCGAGUGGCCGGGCUGUCGGGUGUAUCAAACGUAUCAAACAAGGCAGGCCGUGCCUCGAGACUCCUGACCCUUUUGUCGCGAGGGGGUUUGGUUGCUAGUUCUGGUCUCGCCCGAGCAUGUCCACCAACAUGUCAACUCCUCUUCGUGCCUCCCAGUCAGUCACCUGAUUCUCUCCCCGGGUUCAGUUCACCAGCACCGCCGACCUCGUCACACUCUCCACACUCUCCACUCCCCUGCGCUUUCUCCUCCCUGGGCCUCACAAUUCGUGCGAGCACGUGGUUGCCUCGGUCUGAUGUCAGUGGGGCAGGGGCGAUAACGCCUGAAAUCGGUUGCCUGGGCAGCCGGGCUGACAUCCCCGCUGGUACCAGGGGUCGACAAGAUUGGACGAGAAUCGGUAAACAGACCGAGCAGACGAAGAGACUGUUAAACCUGCAAAUGGAGGUGGGUGAUGAUUAA